UACAUUUUGAUUCUUCAUUCCCUAGCUUGCGGAAAUAAGCCAUUUGGGUCCCGUAUAGUCGGAGGCGAAGAAGCAAAGCCGAAUUCUUGGCCUUGGCAAGCGUCACUCCAGUACUAUGGGCGCCACAUUUGUGGUGCUUCCCUUCUGAACGAGAACUGGGUGCUAUCAGCAGCCCAUUGCGUUGAUCAAAGUAGUGACCCUAAUCGUUACUCAGUUGCUUUAGGUAAAGUGAAGUUCUUUUUUAAGUAGUUAAUGAAGAACUUUUAUUUUAUUUAUUUUUUCGUCUCAGGAAAGUUCUUAUCUUUUGAAGCGAAGAGAGGCAAUGGAUUAUCUUCCUUUGUUUUAAUUAUAAUCCGUUUUUUGUUUGUUUUGCUUUUUUCUUGCUAGGUUUUCGUACAGAAAAGCCUUAAUCAUAGAUUUUAGACGUAAAGAAGAGUCCCUUAAGGGGUCGAAAUGCAAAAGAUUAAUUGGUCCACUAUGAUAACGUAGAUUUUACCCAAAAAAUAGACUGUGAAUUUGCUGUUUCAAUUUUGAGUUGAUGAAACAGACCUACAAAUACCAGCAUUAACGCACGAUCUCUAACUCAUUCCUUACGGCAUUUUUACCUCUAUCAGGGGCUCAUAGCAGAACUGGAGACGGACAAGUGUUUAAAGUUUCUAGAGUGAUCAAACAUCCAUCUUUUAGCAUGCAACAUCUACGCCAUGACGUAGCAGUGCUGAAACUAACGACCCGUGUAAGCCUCAAUAGCAAAAUCCAAACCGUUUGCCUGCCAAAACAUGGAUCACGAGUCAGUCUAGGAACACAGUGUUACGUAACAGGUAAUUUGGUGAGAAAACUCAGCUUGUGGUGGGUCAUAUAAAUUAAUAAAGCUUGCUUUCUAUCUUGAGUCAGCACAAAACAAAAAUUCUGAGGCCACAACCACAAUUAACUCUAAAGAAAUUAGUAUUCUAAAAGCGGUAACAAUGAAAAGUGAAAGAAAAUUACGCUGCUUUCAUCGCUACACACUGACUUAGUGGUUUAAUUAGGGUAAAUGAUUGAUCAGUUGAUUGAAUGAUUGAUUGACUAAAUCGGAGAAUGAUUGAAAAGAUGAUCAUCCGAUUAACCGUUUAAUAAAAAUGGUAUUAAAUGAAGUUCCAUUUCUUGGAUGUUCUCCGUCUCUAUUCAGGUUGGGGUAGGAUAAAUUCAAACACAAAUGCACUUGCUCCUCGUCUUAAACAAGCUAAGGCUCCGGUAGCCAGUCACAAUACCUGCCGAAGUAAAAAUGGUGGCACAGUGGAUGAAAGCUCCAUGGUAUGCGUUGGAGGACAAGGAAGCAGCGUCUGCAACGGCGAUAGUGGCGGCCCCUUGUCAUGCUUUGAGGGUGGUCGCUGGGUUGUUCGCGGUGCAGCUUCAUGGGUAACGAGCCGUACUUGUCCCGGACACACCUUUUCCGUAUAUGCUCGUGUUAGCUCGUAUGUCAGGUGGAUCGAAAGUCACGUGGGUAAGUUUGCAACUACCCAAGUUCCAACGGAAAAUUUCCAAAACGUUUGCCCAACCCCACGAUAACGGACAUUUUUUUCCUGUUUUGGGACGAACCGACCACUUAAACCCUAGGAUUCACAAUUCUUCUCUCAUCCUAAUCCUUAUCGUUGUUAUCAUAAUUAUUGUGAUUAUCAUGAUAUACUCUUAAUUACUGGCAGAAUGGGCCUAGAAGUUGACAAUUUACGUAAUGUAAUUAGUCAAGCCUAAGGUUUCUGCGACACCGUCUACGAAGAGGAUUUAUCAUGAUAUAACGAAGGUCGAGAGUGCACUUUGUAUAAAUCCGUCAAAUUUCCCUUCACCACAGGUAGUGGCGGAAGUGGCGGCGGCGGUGGCGGCGGCGGAGGAGGAGGAGGAGGAGGAAGCGGUGGAGGUAAGCCUCGAAAGCUUUGCGAAGCAAAGAGCUGUGCAGUAGUUUUACUUUUUCACGUUCAGUUCUAGAAUGGUCAAACCAUCCUGUCUGCUAGGAAGCUAGACAGAUCGCGACUUAAACACCUUCGUUUUCCUGCGCUCUAAGCAAUCUGCUUAGUUUACCUCGGCUACCUAUUGUUCCGUUUUAGUUUAGUCAUCUAGGAGCUGAGUAGCUUUCAAACGAAACGCGAUCUUUUCAGUUAUGGAAGUAUGCGUUGAGUGCAUCGAGGGAUUGUUCAGCCGAGACCAAGGCUGCAUAUCUUGUCCUUCUAUCUUCUUCACGCGUCUUUUCAGCCUUUUAGACGCAGUAAAUUCUUUUAUUUAAAAAUAUUUUCAUUUAAUCAGGGAUAAGUUAUUUUUUUGUGUUACCAUUCCAGGAUCUCGUCACACAGAGAAACUGUCCGAAUUACAUAAGCCAACUCGACAAAAUAUUGAGUCAGUAGUAUCGUAGGUAAUGCUUACUUUCAAAGCCAAGGCACAAUACAUUUUUCACUUGAGUUCAUUGCACAAACUUUCUGCAAAGGCUUUUGCUAGGAUUUCAAUUAUCCGUUUAAUCUCACCUCAGGUUUUUGGCUACAGUUUUGCAGUGAAAGGCGUUUUGCAUUGCCCUGCCUGAAAAAAGCCAAUAAAGCUAACAAUCUCCUUCACAGACGUUUAGAAACCUCACCUUCUCUUAAAACAAGCUGUCAUUUUGCCCUCCAUGAGAAUCUGCUUACAAUUUUUCUUUAAAUGCAGCAAUAAUUUAAAUCAUACAUUUCGAAACUGAUUAAAGGUAAAUGACGAUGUUUUGAUUUCAACAAAAAACUCACCCCAACUGGAAAGCAAAUUCCGUUUUCACAUGUUAUCAGCAGAAUUGGCCGACCCAAAUUUUUUUUCUUGUAAUGUCUUUUCUUUGCGAGUGAUCAGUGGCAAGUUCAUUGCCUGAUUAUUGAUCAGUAGUUUGAAACACUUUUUAUAUUUCGUGAAGCUCGCUAAUUUAACAGGAUACGCGUAUGCACAGAUAUAAUUCAGAGUAACAAGAUUGCUAUAGGACAAGGGACAUGAUUGGUUAAUUGGGAGGUCGAGAAAACCGUUUAAUAAUUCUGAAAAGAAAGAUGAAGACGAUUGAUAAAAAACGCACAUCAUCAGUUUAAGAGAUUACUCAUUGUUUGCCCAACAACGAUCUUUUAUUUGUAAACUCGGCUGAUGAACAAGCAACGCUAUGAAUGGUUUUGAUCCAGCAUAGCUUUUAUUUUAUAUAUUGACAAAAAAAUCGGAGUCUUAAUUAUCCAGGAGACAAACGCAAGAAGCGAGGCUAUAUUCGUGUUCCACACCAUGAUAAAACUGAUUGGACUUAUUGCCUGUCAAUUAUGCAUUUUUUCGAUGACUAUUCUUUGUCUUCGAACACGUCAGAGUGACUUCAAUAAUUUGAAAAUAAUUCUUUGAUACAAAAAUUUCAUCGAGGUGUCCACGUCCAGCAGAAAACUGAGACACAGCUGCCAAAAUAUCAAAGUAGUUCAAUAAAGGUAUAUGCUAUACUCGUUUGGCUCAAGCUAGAUAAAUGUCUCACAACUGAUUUCCUAAAUAAAGAUUUUAAAGCUUCAACGUCAAUGCAGCUUUUAAAAUUUCACAAGGCGUAUGGCACUGAAUUUAUUGGUAAAAGAAAGCUUUUUUGAUAGUUGAAAACGUCUAACUAUGGCUUUUACUCACCAAAGAUGUUAUGAUAAAUUUUAUAACUAGAGCGGAAGUGUUUGAUAUUCAGGUUUACCAGCUAGCUAAACAUAAAUCAACCUAUAUUACGGGAUUAAGAUAUUUUCCUUGCCGUUUUCAAAAGUCAUUUCAACAUAUGAUUUGAUACCCACUUUCAGUUCCUCAAGAAUGGCCUCUUGAAUAAGAACAAAAAAUUGUUUAUAUAAGCAAUUCGUAAAGUUGUCAUGUUAGAUGAGAUUUACAAAGAGAACCUUACCUGGAUUAAAUUAGUUAUAUUCCCUACCUUGUUUUGCAAUAGUUACCAUGGUUAGAGCCAGAAACAUUCAUCCAGGUUAACCAGAUGGCUAAACUCAACAAGGAAAUCUCAGUCAACCUGUGUUUGUAGCAUCUAAAUGUCUUCAGUAGACUUUUUAUUUCGGCUGAUACCUCAUGUCAUCGUGACAAAAAGCUUGACAUCUUCUUUGAUUUCUGAAAUUCAAUAGUUGUUAUUAGCUAUUAUCAUCAUAACAAAGAAUGUUUAAAAAAGAAGUCAUGGAAGUGACCAUAGCGGUUUAAAGGCUUUCAACCAGCUGUAUAAUUAUCUGAUGAAAGAAGUUAGAUAAAAGGAUAUGCAUCACGUCGUCCGAUCAAAAAACCAUCGGCGAGAUGUUAAUCAUUGUUGCACUUUUGGUGGGCAUCCUUAUGCCAUCCCUCUCAAAAGGUGAGGUUAAACACAUCUCUUAUCCAUACAGUACAGCUAAUGAUUUGAGUUAUACAGUUAUAGGCAGUUGAGUUAUAGGUAUACAAGGUUGAAACGACUUUAUUCAUCAUUGCAUAUCUUCGUAUGAGCAAACAAUCUUCAAGUGAAGGAAGCUUUUGAUAUCUGUGAGGGAAAAGGAAUCUUUAAAAAGACUUGCGCUUUGUAUAUGUUGUGGAAGGCUGCUCAUUCCGGCCUUACCUUGCGCACAAGGAGCCACUUGAUCGAUCCAAAGCCUUGCUCGUCAGCCAGAGAAUUAACGCUCCUUAUAUGGUGCGUAGCAAGGUUGCAAUGAAAACUUCUAUAAUAGUGCUAUACCUUACUACAACAAUCACCUUCGGCUGUAAAAAUCAAUCCUGAAUCCAGGGAUUUUCUUUUUUUCAGAAAAUUAGCAACGAGAUUUCCAUUUAAUUUGUUACUUUGAAAAUUCUGAAAACAAGAGGCUUUUUUGUUGUAAUAGAGUUGUUUAAGUACAUCAAGUAUCUACGCGUGUAGUUGACGAUCUUUAAAGGCAUUAGCAUCAAGCUUCAGUCAUGUUAGAGGUUUACAAGAAGUCUGAAAACGGAAGAAAGAUCAAAUUGGUGGGGGACGGGGGGGAUUCUAACGAGCCAAUGACUAGCAAUUUGCAAUAUUCAGUGCUUGAUUGUCACAAUAUCAGUCAGCCUCGGAAUUCAAGUUUAUUUCAUGUCUUCCAUACUUCACUGUUUAUCUCUUUCCUAAAAACUAAUUAACUGCAGAUUUAAAAUUUUCAAAUUUUGUUUAUUUUCCACAACUUAAACACUGGAUAAAAUCAAAACCGUGGGUUUUUAUUAUUUUUCCAGGUUGUGCAGACAAACAUAGAAAUUGCGGUUCUUGGGCAUCAAAAGGUUUCUGCCAAGGGCAAUAUGAAGCGUAUAUGAAAAAAAACUGUCAGAAGAGCUGUAACCUUUGUGGUGGUGGUGGCGGUGGAGGAGGAGGAGGAGGAGGAGGAGCAGGAGGAGGAGAAGGUAUUGUGGACAUUCUAAAAUAACUUGUUAUUAUAGAUUAAAUUUAUAAAAAAAAGUUAUUCAUCAUUAAUCAGUUCGAUUUAAUCUUCUCUAUAUUUUCUUUUACUCUUCUCUCCCUAUAGUUUAUCUAUUUCUCCUUCUCCUCCUUUCACUUUUGUAAUCUUGCUGUAUGCGUUGUUGGAGUUCAUAUCGUUUUACUUGUCUUCCUCUUGUUCCUCUUUUUCUUCUUCUUUUCAUUUAUUGUCUCUUCUUCCAGAAUGCAAGGAUAAAAACUUAAACUGUCCGCGGUGGGAAAGCAAAGGAUACUGCAAAGGCAAAUACGAACAGUAUAUGAGAGAAAACUGUAAGAAGUCCUGUAAAAUUUGCGGUGGCGGAGGCAGCGGCGGCGGCGGAGGCGGCGGCGGGGGCGGUGCUGGAGGCGGCGGUGGUGGUGGAGGAGGAGAAUCACGAAAAUGUGGAUUUAAACCAGGCGCACGAAUUGUCGGUGGAAAUGAAGCCCCAAAGGGAGCUUGGCCAUGGCAAGCUCAGGUCAGGACGUCUUCUGGUUUCACCUUUUGUGGAGGAACUUUGGUUCAUCCGCAGUGGGUUGUUACAGCAGCUCACUGUACCUCGAAAAAAUCCGCCUCCAGCAUUCGUGUAAGGUGAGGUCUCUUCCAGAUUCUUCUACCCAAGAAAUCAAAUUUAAUGCAAGGUAAUUUACACUAGAUUCUUACUCUGAGUAAGCCUUAUCCACCUAGUUAUCGUGGCUAAUGAAUCAUUGUUCCAAAGGUGUUUAUGCGAUAAUUUUCGAAAUGCAAAGCCCAUUUUCUCAGAAUAAAGAAAGUAUUCAUUGAAAGUAUUCAAAUGAUUGGAGAGGAGAUAUCUGAAAAAGAGUAUUCAUUCACCGAUUUCAAAUCUGAGUUUUUUCCAAUUUGCAGGGUUGGUGCUCACUAUCGCAGCGGGAACACUGGAGACGAGCAGGAUUUUCAAGUGGAAAGAAUCAUCAACCAUGAAAGUUACAAACGGCCACGCGGAUUGGCUCAUGAUAUUUCUUUGUUGAAACUGCGACAACCCGCUCAACUGAACGGAAAAGUUGGACUGGCUUGCUUACCUGGGUCGAGUGGACAAGUUUCGGAAGGCAAGACUUGUUGGGUGACAGGUGAUACAAUUCAUUCCGCCACUCGAUUGCCUUGAUAAGUAACUCUUGUUGAAGACGAUCAGCUUGUUCGAGGGAGCCACUUUUCCUCAUAUCAAAUGUAUAUACAUUGACCAAACUUUUAAAACCUAGACGUAUACAUUGUAUAUUUGUAUAUAUACAUUUUAUUUACUUUGUCCAUUGUUAUUUGUCAUUUUUUAAAAAGAUUCUCUUGGUUAUUUUUGGUUUUCCUUUGAUUCAUUCUUGUAAGUUUGGACUGACUCUUCUCAGGGGUGGCUCAAUGAUUUGUAAGCCCUGCAUAAUUUUUUUCCAUGUGGUUCCUUUCAGGAUAUGGUACACUCUCCUCGGGUGGUAGUUUGGCCAAAGUGUUAAUGCAGGUAGAUGUCCCGAUUGUCAGUCAAAGUGGAUGUAAAAGAGCUUAUGGGUCGUCAAUCCACGACUCCAUGGUCUGUGCUGGACUCGAUCGUGGAGGCAAGGACUCGUGCCAAGGAGAUUCCGGUGGGCCACUGGUUUGUGAAGAUGGUGGAAAGUUCUACUUAGAGGGUGUGGUUUCAUGGGGAAGUGGUUGUGCCUCCCCAGGGAAGUAUGGUGUCUACGCCAGGGUCCGUUACUUACGGCAAUGGAUUGACAAGCAGAUGAAUACCUAUUAG